GCCAUUUCUUCACUACGAUGAAGAAAAAAAGUGUGCUCGUCGUUCACGCGUUUCUUUACUCGUUUAUUCGUGCUUCAUAGAAAAACUAAAUUUUCACAGAUUAUAACUAUAGUUUUAACAAAAAUUCAUUGUUUAACGCAGAGUUUUAAUAGUUAUAAUGAAAAUUUAAAGGUGAUCAGUGUAAAAAUAAAAAAAUUCACAACGAAAUAGCCAAGUAAAAAACUAUUCACUACGUUCAGAAGGCAAGAAAAAAGUUGAAAUCUAAGUCGUCGAAUAAAAAGAAAAAAAAUUGCGAAAGCGAAAUAGUGAUGAGAAAAGAAAUUCGUUUGUAAUUGGCGGCUGCAUGUGUUAAAGUGAGAUAGAUUUAUAUAUAAUCGUGCAUAUGCGUGUGUUGAGAACCCAGAGUUCAAACGACAAAGAAGUAGUAGAUGAAAAAAUCAAAAGUUGUGUGUUCGAAGCACCCGCGAUUCUCGAGGCUAACGAGUUGAUAUUUGGCAUUUUUUAUAAUUACUAAAAACUGUAAUUCUUUUUAAAAACACUACUAAAUAAUUCAGUGCUUAAUACUUUAAGUAUAACGCCAUCAAAUACUUUUAAAAGUGAGAACCAAAAAAAUUUAAGAAGCAGAAGACGCCAAGCUCUAGGGGGUGCGUGCAUGCAUGCGUCAAUAACAACCUCGUUGCGGUGUAUGGGAAUUAAAAGAGGUGCUUGUGUUUAAAUUUCAACACAAGCGUUAGUUUGCAACAUUUUACAAAUACUAUAUUUAUCACUAGCAGUGUAAAAUGUCGGAGUAUGCAAAUGAUGAAAGUAGUAGUCCUCCACGACAUGGAAGUGGCGAUGCAAAUCUACAUAACAUUAGUAUGGAAGAUGCUGCUAACAACUCAAUUAUUGGAAAAGUAAAGUCGAGAGUUUCGAGCAUAUUACCCAAUCGUUUCUCCAAAUGGUUUUCACCGUCUGCAAAGCUACAAAAUGAUUCAUUAAAUGGUAGUAUUUGUGGUUCAAAUACAAAUACUUUGCAAACACGCCGUAGGCGUCGCAUUGAAAUCGAAGAAGAAGAUAAUUACGAGGAUGAGGAGGAUGUACAACGUCCUAGAGAAUAUGAAGAAAAUAAUCAUCGUUUAUACGUUAAGCAGUCGCAUAAUCGUGAUCGUGAAAUUGAAGUCGAUGAUGAGAAUGAUGACGAUGAUGAUAGCCAAAAUAGUGAUGAUGAAUAUAAUAGCAACAAUUCAAAUAAACAAACAAGGCGAGAUUUAAAUGUUGAAAGGCAACCGCCAGCAAAAAGAUCUCGUCUAAAUAUUGAUGUUCGUGAUAGUCCAUUAAUCACACGGCAUCAACCACUUUUAUCAUCUACACCAGCUGUGGGUAGCUCUUAUUUGCGUAAUUCUGGAAGCACAACUUCAGCUUCAAGGUCGUCUUAUCAACGCUAUACAAAUUUGAAUCUUUAUGGGAACCAAAGCAAGAAGGAACCAGCUUUCAACUUUGGCCAACAAAAGGACUCAAAACCAUUAAAUACCGAUAUCAUUGAUUUGAUAUCAAAUCCUUCUUAUGAACAUGAUGAUAAACUAGCAGAAGCUUCUAAUACAUACGGUGGUAGUCGUUCUGGAAUAAGUUCCCGUAAAAGUUUAAAUAUCCCAUCUUCUGCCUCGACUUUAACUAGUGUAGAACGUGUUUAUGCAACUGUGGCUCAUCUUAAACGUCAGCCUUUGUCAACAGCUAAAGCAGAUUUAUCGGCCACUCAUACAGUGGGUAUACCACCUAGGCGUACUUCUACUACUAUACACGAAGUAGAAGAUCAAGAGUCAGAAGAUCAAGAUAAAGUCCAAAGUAGUGAUGGUACCGAGAAACGUGAGGAGCUAUUGGAAUCCAAUGCUAAUACUUGCAAUGGGGGUUCUAAUAACUUUACCGUCAAUAAAAGACAAAAACUAAUAAAUGGUACGGGUUUGAAGGCUGCAACAUUGCCCGAAUCAAAUGAAGCUAUUUUAAUUGAUUCCGCUUCAGAAAGCGGCGAAAGUGCAAUGGAUGUAAUGAAGACGAAUUCAUCUAAUAAACAACAACGGAAGACUGGUCUUUUUAACAUGUCAGCUGCUGGAGCUACAAAUACUCGUAACAGUAGUCGUACUUCUUCAUUUGGAAAUGGUUUAAAUUUCUAUUCUCACCUUGAGGGACGAAAAUCCUUAUUCAGCGGCCCCAAUCAUGGCAUUUCAAAUCCAUUAAAUAACUCUACAUUAUCAUUAACAUCACUUAAUCGCCGUCAAUUCAACGCCUCAAUAUAUGGCAGUACAUCUGCUUUGAGUGAUAGUCGUUUGUUAAAUACGUUUUCUCCAUUUUACAAGGGAAAAACUACAUACGGGGGAGCAGCAGCUUAUAACAAAUAUACAGCUGGUGCAGGCGCCAGUUCAGUGCGUAUAACACCUACAUUAAUAAGGCCAACAUCAAGUCUCUCCACAUUAUCAUCGAAUACUUCAAUAGGUAACAAUGUUAACACUCAAAUUGGGGACAAUUCAACAAUAUCGUCGACUGCCAAACGUAUAUUGGAUUUGAUUAAUGAUUUUGCCACACCCUUAAGUGAAGCUAAAAAGAUGGCAAGUAGUCUGAAAAGUAAUCCAAACCUACAGAUACCACCACAAGCCAAAGGUCGCUUAAAUGAAAGUGAUUUAAAUGCUUCGAGAGCUAUGCGCUUGUCGCAAGUACGAACACCUUAUACUAGACCGGCUGUAAUACUACAGCCCUCAGGAAAUGCUAGCGGAAGAGGUACAGCGGGCGGUCUUAUGCCACCCAUUAAGGAACUCCAAGUACCAACAAUGUCUCAAUUGUUGCAAAUGAAGAAAAUUCAAAAUACUACCGAAAAAGCGAGAAAAAUUGCUCAAAACUCUGUAGUAAACAGUGGAACGUCCGAGUACACUUUACCUGAACUGGCAACCACAAAGACAAAUACCAACAACGACCAGGACCAACAAAAGCAUACCAACAAAAUAAGAAACAAAGUGACAAAUUCAAUGAGACCAUCAGCAGCAACAAAGGAUUUGCAAGAUGAAGAGCCACCCCCACCUGUAAAUUUACCUAAUAUAGCAUUUCCACUUAUGCAAUCUGUGCCCAAAAUUGAUAUACAAUUGAAUAAACCAUCUGUUACUAGCAACAACAACCUUGAGUGUAAAACUUCAAAUGCAGCAAGAACUGAAUCAUCUAAAAUAAACUCAUUUGUAUUUAAUAAUACACCUACAAAAACCGCAACACAAACAUCUGCUUCAAUAGACAGCAAAAAAAUACCACCUGUUCCAACUCAAUCACUGAACACAAUCUCUUCAACGCAUAAAACUACCACGAACACUUUUAAAUUUUCUGAACCUUUACAAAUUGUUGGCGUCUCAACACCAACUCAGAGUGUAACUAAAAAUGACAUUGAUAAAUAUAAAUUUAGUCCCCCACUAGAUGUCGUCGUAACACCAACAUCCACAUCCGUAAAACAACACAAUCCCCAACCAAAACAGCCUCAACUUAAAGAGGGAUCUUGUUUAGAUGCUCUUAGUAAACCUUUCACCUUGCCACCGACAACACCUAAAACAAAUAUGCCAGAUCAAACUUCUUCAAUAAACGGAUCUCUAAAUGCAUCUUCUGGCUUUGGUAAUCAAUUUAAAAAAUCGUCUAAUGAAUGGGAAUGUGACGCUUGUAUGAUUUGCAACAAGUCAGAUGCUAAUAAAUGUGUGGCUUGCGAAACUCCACGCACGCAAAAGUCCUCAACAAAUCAGCAACCAACAAAUACACCAUUGUCUUUUACUGCAUCAAUUACAUCCACAUUUGGCCAACAAUUUAAGAAAUCCUCAAAUGAAUGGGAAUGUGAUGCAUGUAUGAUACGCAAUAAGCAGGACGCCACAAAGUGUGUGGCCUGUGAAACACCACGUAAAGGAGCAGCACAGCAGUCCACCACAGCAUUACCAGCAAUUAAAAAUUCAUUUGGUGAUGCUUUUAAACCAAAAUCUGGCACAUGGGAAUGCGAAACAUGUAUGAUUUCUAAUAAAAAUGAGGCGAAUGAAUGCAUAGCUUGUCAAACUAAAAAGCCAGGAGCUACGGGAACAACCUCUACCACUACAGCAGCUCCAGCAACACAAUUUAAAUUUGGUUUUAGCUCUGCCACUGGCACCGGUAUUGCAAAUGCUAACUCAAAUGCGGAUGUUGGUUUCAAAACAUUGGCAGCUCAGCAAAAAGCUUCUAAAUGGGAGUGUGAUGCUUGUAUGACUCGCAAUGAUGCUAAUCGCACAAAAUGUGCUUGUUGUGAGCAACCUAAGCCAGGAGCAACAAGCGAACCAACCAAUUCGUCAUCAACUAAAUUUCAGUUUGGAGCUACUGCAGCAUCCAAAUUUAGUUUUGGUUUUGGUACUGGAGCCAAUGUACCUAAAGAAGACGACUUAAGAAAAGGUUUGGCUAGUAAAACAGAAGAUAGUGUAAAAACAACAUCUGUGCCGGCUCAAGGAGGAUUCCAAUUCGGAAUUAAACCAAUAUCUAGCACCACGAGUGAAAGUAAAAAUGAUGAAACAGAUGCCAACACAAAAAUUACAGGCUUUAAAUUUGGUGCUGGCCCAGCAUCUACGACUGUUGUUACAAAGGUAAGCGAAACAUCAGCUGUUUCGUCCGCUCCAACCGGUUUUGUAUUUGGCUCGAAGCCAUUAACAACAACAACAACAGCAACAACUAAGUCAACACCAGCAUUGUCUUCCGAUACCGCUGCUAGCACACCAAGUGUAAAAUUCACUUUGCCUCCUACCACCACCAACACAACUGUAAGUAAUAAUGACAAGCCAACGGGCGUGGCAGCACCAACGUUUGGUUUCGGCGCCAGUACAGCCUCUUCAACAACUGGGGGUUUUUCAUUUGGCACCAAAAUAGAGACCGUAAAGCCAACUGCUACCGUAAGCGAGGAAAAGAAAUCUUUAGAGAGUUUUGCUUUUAAAGCUCCAACAACAAUAUCGGCCACACCUCCAAAAAGCUCAGGUUUUGUUUUUGGUUCGUCAACAAUUAAUAGUAGUUUAACAGUUGCAGCAACUACUGUCAGUAGUUCCAUAACCACUACGACAUCAACAUCAGCAACAACAACCACAUCUUCAACUAUAACAGCUGCUGUAAAGCCAAUGUUUACUUUUGGCUCGUCUUCAGCAACUACACCAGCUGCAAAUACGCAAGCUACAACAGGUUUUGGUGGCUUCAAUUUUGGAAGCAAUUCAGCAAGCAAUGCAGCAGCGACAACCACGACAGCGAAUACGUUAUUUGCAGCUGUUACUUCCACGUCAACCAUAUCUACAACUGCGAACUUAACAUCAACAACAUCCUUGUCAACAUCGUCAACGACAACUACUACACCUGCCUCAACAAAUAUAUUUGGUUCAUUUGGUGGAGGAGGGGGUACAUCUAAUGCCUCUGCAACUCCAAUAUUUGGUUCCUAUAUCAAUCCUCCUGCCAAUAAUAACUUAACUACUGUAAGUUCCUCAACCAAUAACUCAACCUCGGCAAAUACUCCACAAUUCGGAACUUUUGGAUCUAAAACCACAUCUAAUGUAUUUGGGUCGUUUGGCGGAGCAGGUGGUAACAAUAGUACAUUGGUAAAGCCAAAAGAAACAAAACCAACACUACCAGUAUUUGGUAAUGUUGCGCCAACCAGCACAUCUCAAUCAUCACAGUCAAAUUCAGGUGGUUUUGUGUUCGGUUCUAAUGCGAUGAACAAUUCUGCAGCAGCAACAACCGCAUCAGCAGGUUCAGUUACAAGUACUAGCACAACAUGGCCUAAAAACAGUUUUGUAUUUGGUUCAGCCGCAAACAAUACACCUUCAACAAACUCUGCUGUUGCACCCAACACAAACGAAAAUAAAGAAGUUGCUAAACCUUCUGUAUUCGGUUCAUUUGGUUCAUCUAGCACUAGUACCACUAAUCAGCAGCAAACAUCGUCUAUUUUUGGGGUCCCCGCAACAGCUUCAAAUGCAGCAGCAUCGGGACCAACAAACUCAAGUACAAAUCUAUUUGGCUCUAAUUCAGCACCAGCUGCGACCAGUAUAUUUGGAGCUAAUUCAAGUGGUAAUGCCGCAACACCAACCCCAGCAUUUGGUUCAUCGCCAUUCGGCGGUGCUGCUUCUUCAACAAGCGCAACACCAACCUUUGGAAGUACAGCAGCUUCGGGUCCCACUACAUUUGGAGGUUUUGGGGCAGCAACUAACAAUACUACAACAAAUACCACUGAAGUUAAAAAACCAGAGGCUGCUUUUAAUUUUGGUGCAGCACCAGCAACACAAAGUACUAGUGGUGGUUUUAAUUUUGGUUCAUCAGCGUCUACAACAAAGCCAGCAUUCAAUUUUGGCGGUACAACAACUACACAACAGCCUACGUUUAAUUUUACCGGAACAGCGGAGUCUCAAAAUUCAACGAAACCUUUUCAAUUUGGCGCAACUCCAUCAGCACCAGUUUUCAAUUUUAAUCGUGGUGCUUUAGAGGCCAGCGCCAACGCCAGGAGCCCAAACCGCACAGCAAGCAAAACGGAAAAUACGUGCACCGAUAAGACGAGUAACACAACGGUAGAGAACAUUAUAAAAGCUAACGCUAACAGCAGCGUGGACCGAUCACAACAAAAUAAACAUGAACAGACAGGACUAUGCUUAAGACAGAACAUAAUUAGCAGCCGUAUUAAUAAGAAAGAGCUAAAACUUCAAUGCCAACAACAAAAACAACAACUAGACGACAUAAUCUUCAGCAAGACAUUAUUUAAUAAAGAAACAGACGACGCCUCAAGACGUGAAAGCAGCUGCAGCGGCUUAAAUACUGCAGAUGUUGCCAGCAACAGACAACUAUUGCAAACAAAUAGAUUUUCAAAAGAUGUUAGCCGCAAAACGCCAGAAGAUCCCAUGAAUAGUUUAAAACAAAAGAAUAAAAUUCUUUUAAACAAAUACAAACUCAUUCGAAAACCAUCAUCAAUUGCAACGGCAUCAGCAUCCGCUGCGGCAAAGGGAAAAGAAGGCACUACAAAAGAGUUAAUAGUCCAUAGUGGUGGUAAUGGUGGUGGUGGUGGACUACAGCAAACAAAAACUAAACGUGUAGUUAAAAUGAGAACUACUGUGUCUCCGAUAAAAUUAAAUUAUUAUCGAAAAAUUAAUAACGCUUCAAUUAAUGAAACUCACAAAGGAGCAGUAAAAGCAGAAGAAAAAAUUAAGCACAUUUUCAAAAAUAAGUUACUGACCUCGUCAGUAACAGGUACUACUUCUCCAACACAAUCAAAUUGUUCGUCUGUUUUAUUUAAAAGUCCUCGACGUAAAGUCCAUAUGAUUGUAAGUGAUAACACUUCGAAACCAAAAAAAUUCCAGGAAACUAAAAGCCGUUAUUCUUUGGUGAUUAACAAACCUAAUACGUCUGUAUAUACAAAUCCUAAAAAUUCUUCUAAAACAACAGCUACUUUUCCUAAAACUACUACCACUGAAGAACCUUCAUCAUGAACAUAAUCUACGCAACAUGUUGCUGGCAACAAAGUCGUACUAUACACAACAUCUACAACUUAAUGACAACUUUAAAACGCUACAGAGUUUAUAUACAUAAAAUGUGACAACCAACAACAAGAAAAAUUUAAUACAAAAUAUGCAGAAAAAAUUUUAAAUAAAAUAAUUAAAAACCCUAGUAAUACAAAACAGAAAUAAAAUAAUUUUUAAGGUCUUAUCUACAAUAUCAAACUCAACUAGAACAGCAUCUCUUAAACAAAAAACUUUAAAAGAGAGGAGAGGGGAAGAGAGAAAAAAGGUUCAAGUAGAAAUGCAACUACACAACAACAUGAUCCUUUAAAAAUUUCCCGAUCAUUGAAAAAAACGGGAAUAUUCUAAAGAAUUUUAUCAUGUGCCUCGGACAUUUUUUCUUUUUUUAUUCUUAACCAAAGCUUGUACUAAAUGUCAAGUUGUUAUUGUAUUUUUAUUGUUUUUUUUAGUUGAUGCUUCAUUUGUGUGUUAGUUUUGUAGCUAAAUAUUUUUGGCCAUAAAACUAAAUUUAUUUUUAUUAUAUAUUCACACAACAAAAAAUACAGAAAGAAGAAUUAAUAUAAAAUAUAAUUCAAUUGUUUCUAUUUAAUUUGUUUAUUAUAAAAUUAAAAAAACGUUAUUUUUUCUAUUUUAUUAUUUGAUUGUUUAUGAUUAUAUGGUAAUUUAUAAUUUGCUUUAUUCCGAUUCCUUUCUCUCCUCUCCCAACGACUCCUUUUGCAUUUCGUACCAGCUUAUUGGCCAAGAGAUUAUAAAAUCCCUAAAAUCAUUUGUUUUCACUUUAAGUAAAUACAUAUAUUUUGUUAUAAAAAUCAUAUUUUUAUUAAAAAUCAAAUUAAACAAAAAA